GAAAAACCGCGUGGGCCACGUCCCUUUGAGAGCCCCGCCUUGGUCCUCAGCCAGCCCUGCGUGUGCCCGGGCUGCAGGUGGCUGCACCAGCCCCGUGGCUGAGUCCAUGCAGGAGGAGUUGUUGAGACGCCAGCGACUGGAGGUCAUCGGCCGGCCGGCUGCGAGCUGGGUUGUAAAAUAAGCCCUAAGUGGCUUGGAGCUCCGUGAACCAUUUUUAAAUGCACGAACAGAGGAGGCUUUGCUUUGGCGCCUCUGGGAGGCCUCUGGGAGGAAAUGGGCGUUGUUCUGGUGGGAGAAAUUUGCUGUGCAGUCAAGGCCCCAGGGCUGGACUGUCCCAGCUGGGUCAAGUUCACGUUCACGGCCCUGUAUCUACCCUUGUACAACCCAUCUCGCCUUUUUUAUUUUUUUAACCCGUUUUGAAAAAAGAUUUAUUUAUUUGCAAGGCACGAUUAUAGGGAGAGAGAGCUUCCGUCUGUUGAUUCACUCCCCAAAUGGCUGCAACAGCUAGGGCUGGGCCAGACUGAAGCCAGAAAUCUAGAACUUCAUCUGGGUCUCCCAGGUGGAUGCAGGGACCCAAACACUUGGGCCAUUCUGCAGCUUUUCUGGGUGCUUAGCAGGAAGCUGGAUUGGAAACGGAGUAGCCAGGGGUGGAACCAGUGCUUAUACGGGAUGCGGGUACAGAGGCAGAGGUCAACAGUGCUGACCACUGUAUGAACCAUUUGUAAAUUGGAGGAUAACGCACGGACCUCAACGAACAUUUGUCGAAACUACAGUGCGCUGCUUCUCCAGAGCAGAACUCGCCCGCCAGCCAGCCCCGAGGUCGGGUAUGAGCCGCUCCCGGAUCCCUAGCUCCCAGCCCCACCCCAGGGAAGGCACCGUCCUGCCUUCCAGAGGCUGGCGUGUGCUGCCUGGGUUUUGAGCUGGAGGUGCUUGGGACCCUGCUGCAGGCUCUCUCUUGCCUGCGCCCUUGUGCUCAGCACUUUGUGGGCUUCUGCCCUGGAGUUGUUUGUUUGCCAGCUUAGAGUGUUUUUACCUCUCCUGGGGUGGGUAGGCAUUGCGUGAUUUCUAGUUAGGCUUUACAGAUAGCUGUGAGCAUUCCAGUUUAGUCCUUAAAAUUUUUUUUAAAAUUUAUUAUUUGAGAUUUAGGGAGAGAGUGAGCUCUCUCAUCCACAGGCUCACCCCCAAAUGACUGCAAUAGCCGGGGGACCCCAGCAUGCUAUCCAGGUCUCCCAUGUGGGUAGUAGGAGACUCGUCACUGGAGGCGUCCCCUCUCUCUCCCAGGACCGCGUUAGUGGGAAAGUGGCGUCGGGAGCCAGAGCAGGGCCUGGAACCCAGCUACUCUGCCGUGGGGUGCAGGCACCUUAACCGGCCUCUAGACUUACUCGGACAAACGCCCUUGUUUGUGUCUUUUGCUAAGCCUGGAGGGAGAACUGGGCGAGCCCCCAGGCCUCCGGGCUUUCCUGCAUGCAAGCAGACCCCGAAGCGAGGCGGCUCCAGUGCUGGGCUGUGGGCUGUGGGCUUGGGAGUGGGCUGAGCUAUCCUGCUUUCUUCUGAACAUCAAAGUCCAGGUUUUCCUCUGAGUUCCAGGAGCUGUCUCCUGGAGGACGCUGACCAUGCGGAUGGCCGCGAGCCAGCGUGGCAGGUGCACAGAUUUCUUCUCUGACACCGCACUCACAGGGCCGCCCUCCGUCAUUUGCUGACAGCGUGCUGGUGACGUCACCAUUCUCACAUCUCCCAGGAAACAGGACCCUCGGGCAAAGUCCCCCCAGCUGGGGGGGGGGGGCGCUGGGCCUUCCGUUCAGGGGGAUGUCUGUGUUGGAGCGUCUUGUUGAAUUUCACUGUGCACCCUCAUGUGUACGUCCUGGUUGGUCAGGCCUGGGGGACAGGAAAUGUGGACGGCAGGCAGAGAGAAAAGUCUGUGUUCCCCUCUGGAGGGCUGGGGUCUGCUCUGGCAGGGCUGAGCUGGCCGGCGGGGAGACCAGGCACAGGCUGACCUCUGUGUCCAGGUGUGCCCCAGCUUGGCUGCUCUGCGGCUCCUGUUUGCAGUGAGCGACUCCAAUUUCUACAACCCGAAACCACAGACUCGUGACUUCCCAGCCGUCUCCGCCUGUCAGGGCACAGGCUCUGCUUGUUCAUCUUUGUCCUACACUAUCCUUCGAUGCUCAGUGACCUUGACGUUGACGCCACUGUUGGGGUGGGGGUACCCUGGAACUUACUAGGGACCCUGGACAACCGUGCCCUAGCCCAGGGCCAGGCCUCCUGAUUCCCAUGGUAUUGCUCCUUCCCCCUUUUUCAUCCCUGCCGACCGGGUAGGGAAUCUGAAUACAGCAGCGACUUGAACUUUGCAAGACAUUCGCAUUUGCUGGCUGCAUCUACGGUCUGGGUGGCAUUGAUUUGUCCUAGCGCUGAACCUGCAGGAUUGAGCUGGACGCAUCUGAAUUUGGGAGCGUUGCAGGGUGUGGGAACUCAGUGGGCUGUUGGUUUGUGGGAGUCUGUAACUUGGCCACUUUGUAGCACAAACUUGCCGCCUCUUUGGGGAGGGCCGUGGGGAGUGGUGCUGAGCCCCCGGAUGCCGUGCAGCCCCGGGGGCUGCUGUCUUCACCUCUGAGAAGCAGAGCUGCCCACUGCCAGCCCUGUCCUGCUCCUGCCUGCCCCGGGCCAAGCCCUGGGAGACCUGCCUCCCAGCCCUGGGUCAGCUGCCUGCACUCUCUGUGAGCUCGGGGCCCAAAGAAUAUAAGACUCAACAUUGUGAAAUAAAAAUGAUCCGGCUUUAGCAUUGAAUGUGAGUUUCUUACAAUCGAACGCUUUGCAGCUAUUCUGAGACAAGGUUUCGUUUUAAAAGUAACCAUUUCCUCUGAUUUUUUUUUUUAUUUGAGAGCAGGAAUAUUAAGGCAGGUGAUGAAAGUGGAAUUUUUUAUGAGAUCCUAACGAUGCUUUUCUCAGCAGACCGAGGAGGUAUUCAAAUGUGGGCGUUUCAGUCUUUCUCUGGGCUAGAAUGUGAAGGAUCAGCCCUCGUAGCAGCGAAGUCUUGCGUUUCCAAGGCAUCUCAGUGAUGCAGGCUUCUAGAAGAGGCCAGAAUACAGACAGAGCUGCGUGGCACCGACCGGAGGCAGACCCCCGUGCGGCUCUAGACAGACCCAAGUGCAGGUGACAGUGGGAGUGACAGUGAGAAGGGGCAAAGCAGGAUAGCUGCCGACUGUUCUGGAACUCGGCGCCCAGCUCAGCGCUUCCGCUGGACUUUCACAGUCCUCCCUGUGGUUGCAAUAGACGCAGUGUUACCAUGUGCACCCCUAUUUUUCAGGGAGAAAGUGAGGUGGGCUUAGUGUCAGGUCGUGAAGCCAGGGCGGGAGUCCCUGGAUGACCCCGUGCUUGUAGCCAACACCCUGCCCCGAAGUAAGCAGCCUGGAGACCCCUCAGCUGUGGAGAGUGGACUGGCUGUGGCCCCGCCGUCCCUGGAGGAGGUGAGAGCUUGGGGCAGCUAUUCCCGGAGCUGGCCAUAUGCUCAUUUUUUGCUUCAGUUCUUUCCUAAUUGAGGCGCAGGUUCUGGGAGCUCUGACAUCCGGAUCUGCAUAAUUGCUUCGUUGUAUCACUUUCACUUUACAUGCUUCCACACAACCUUUAAUGAAAUUUGAACACCCAGCUUCCCCAGGGCAGCAGGGAUCUUAGCUUCUUUUCUCUAACUUUGUUUCCCCAAAGUGCUUGAUGCUGUAGGCUUGGAGUUUUGUAGGCUUAAUCGCUGGACACUGAAAUUCUUCAGCUGCCCUGUUGAUCAGACUUGAAACUCAGCCUUGCGGUUUUUGGGCGGAUUGCCUGGGGCUGUGAGUGAGAUGGUCUCUUGGGGCCCCGUGGGGUCUGAGGUCGUGCGGGGCGGCUUCCUAGGAAGCACUUGGCACUGCUCUUGAAGAACCAACACUGAUCGCUGAGCAAAUUAGCCUGAGUCAGUCUGCAAGAUGCCAGUCUUCUGGAAUGUAAAUUACUGGCCAGAAAAUAGCCAUAGAAGAUAAACAUCUACGAGCUGCUGGACAACGUUCCUGGUCUCCUCUGUGAUCCUGGGGGUGCUUGCACCGCGCUGCUUGUCACGGUGCUGGCACAUCACUGACCACAUCCUGUAGUGCAAGUGCGGGAAGCCGAGGGUAGGGGGUGUUGUCCCUCUGACGGGGCGGCACGCCUGGCACUGCUCCCAGAAGUCCCAGUGGUAGUCUGGACCGUGCACACGGUGUCCCCGCGCCUGCUGCAGAGCCCCUGAGGGGUGGGGCAGGGCAGAUCCUAGCAGGCGUGGGGGUGAAGGAGUCACUAGGAGGAGGCCGGGGAUGUGUGGACGCGGACCUGCGGCAGGGUCUCCGGAAGCCAUGGCUGGGCUGGAGUUGGUCGGCAGAGGCAGGACGGUAAUCGGACGCCCCUAAGGGUUUGCUCCCCACGCAGCAGAAGCGAUCCGGAGGAAGUUGGGAUGUAAAGCGGGCCUGUCCGCCGGCGUCUCCAUGGACAGCCUGCCAGGCCCCCCGUCCCGGAGAGGACCAUGAUACCGCGCGAUCUCCCUGGUGCUUCCCUGUUCUCCCGCCAGCCCUCUCCCACUUUCUUGUGUGCCAUGGGAAAAACCUGACGGGCAGGCAGAGUGGCUCCCGCCCCCCGGGGCCAUCCCUGUGGCUGCAGAGGCUUCUCACCGGGCCUGACGCGUGGAGAUCUCUUCCUGUGGGCGUCCUUCAGAGCCCAAGACGGCGCUUCCUCACCCCCUCGGGCUUCGGGAUCUGCCUAGUGUUUCGCUCGUGCCUUCCCGCCCCCUUCUGUGAGCCCAGGACAUCCGUAGCGUCUUCCCGCACGAGCUGCACACACCCCGUGGCUCCGAGGCCGGCCGAGCGGGGCCACUAUCAUGAGGCAUUGCCUUAACGGCUGCACAGGGCUGAUACCAGACGACGGCUCCCACACCGGGCAGGUCGGCUGCCGGGGAGGCCCCGCCCACAGCCCCCAGGCGUGCCCCACGUGCCAGGGGGAAGACAGGAUUCUGUUUCGCGUGGACAGUAAACAGAUGAACUUGCUUGCCGUUCUCGAAGUGAGGACCGAUGGGAAUGAGAGCUGGGGUGGGCUUCUGCGCUUUAGGAAGGGCAGGCGAUGGAGCCUCAUUUUCGGACUGAUAAUAAUGACCCUGGUGAUGGCGUCCUACAUGCUCUCUGGGGCCCGCCAGGAGCUUCUGAUCCCGUCGCCUUUCCACUACGGAGGCUUCCCCAGCAAUCCCGGCUUGACGGACACUGAAAACCCAGGCGACACCAAAGAGCAUGCCCACCAGCCCUCCGUGAGUAACGUGUCCUACGUGAAGGACUACCCGAGCAUCAAACUCAUCAUCGACAGCAUCACGGCCAGGAUCGAGUUCACCCCCAGGCAGCUCCCGGACUUGGAAGACCUCCGGAAGCAGGAGGGGCACAUGUUCUCAGUCAUCCCCAGCAAAUUCCUCCCGAACAGCAAGAGCCCCUGCUGGUACGAGGAGUUCUCGGGCAGGAAUACCACCGACCCCUACCUGACCAACUCCUACGUGCUCUACUCCAAGCGCUUCCGCUCCACCUUCGACGCCCUGCGCAAGGCCUUCUGGGGCCACCUGUCGCACGCCGACGGGAAGCACUUCCGCCUGCGCUGCCUGCCCCACUUCUACAUCAUCGGGCAGCCCAAGUGCGGGACCACCGACCUCUACGACCGCCUGCGCCUGCACCCAGAAGUCAAGUUCUCCGCCAUCAAGGAGCCGCACUGGUGGACCCGGAAGCGGUUUGGGAUCGUGCGCCUGAGAGACGGGCUGCGGGACCGCUACCCCGUGGAAGAUUACCUGGACCUCUUUGACUUGGCUGCGCACCAGAUCCACCAAGGCCUGCAGGCCAGUGCUGCGCAGGAGCGGAACAAGAUGAAUGACAUCAUCGUGGGGGAGGCCAGCGCCUCCACCAUGUGGGACAACAACGCCUGGACCUUCUUCUACGACAACAGCACGGCUGGCGAGCCGCCCUUCCUGACCCAGGACUUCAUCCACGCCUUCCAGCCCAACGCCAAGCUCAUCGUCAUGCUCAGGGACCCCGUGGAGAGGUUGUACUCAGACUACCUGUACUUCGCGAGUUCCAAUAAGUCUGCUGACGACUUCCACGAGAAAGUGACCGAAGCUCUGCAGCUGUUUGAGAACUGCAUGCUGGACUACUCGCUGCGUGCGUGUGUCUACAACAACACCCUCAACAACGCCAUGCCUCCCAGCAGGCCCUGCCUUCCCUGGGCGGUUGUGUUUCCCAGGCCCUGGUUUGCAGUGUGUUGGGCACCUGCCCCGAGACUGCUCUGCUAUCUCAGUUCCCUACCCUGCCCUGGGACUAGGGAGGUGAGGCUGCAGGUCGGACUGUAUGCUGUGUACCUCCUGGACUGGCUCACCGUCUUCAGUAAGGACCAGUUCCUCAUCCUGCGCCUGGAAGACCACGCCUCCAAUGUCAAGUACACCAUGCACAAGGUCUUCCGGUUUCUGAACCUGGGGCCCUUGAGCGAGAAGCAGGAGGCCUUACUGACCAAGAGCCCUGCGUCCAACGUGCGGCGGCCCGAGGACCGGAGCCUGGGGCCCAUGUGGCCGGUCACACACAAGAUCCUGCAGGACUUCUACGGGCCGUUCAACGCCAGGCUGGCGCGGGUCCUGGCCGACGAGGCGUUCGCCUGGAAGACGCCGUGAGAGCUGCCCCUGUGGCCGCCCCGCCCGCCUCACCACCGGCGCCAUGGUUUCAGCACACUCUCUUGAUGGGGAGCUGUUCCCCUCACAGCGUGGAGAAACCCCUGUGACUGGAGCCGCCUCCGCCUCCCUCGGCGCCUCGGCACCGUCUCGCGUCUCCUCUGUGAUGUCCAGCCCCGCCACGGGCCCUGCAUCAGAGCGCGUGGGAGACUCUGCCUCCCUGGGAGGUUCCGAGGGCCUUGGGGGACGGCCCCUGUGCAGGCGACAGUCACUGGAUCCGAGGACUCAGCAUGCCAGAGGCCCCGCCCCAAGGCUAGCAGGACAGGCACCGCGCAGCCCGGUGGGUUGCUAACCUUGGCCUCUUUGGGAGAGAACCGAGAGCCCCCCGAGAACGGGUUCCUCAGUGUUUCCCCCUCUCCACAGCCAGCCGUUCUGUUGUCCGGACACGAGCCCAGGCGGCUCUGCUGCUGGGGGCAGCACGCGCCUCCCUCUGACCCCCUCCCAGCCUCUGUAGACUGGGCUCCCCCAGAACAGGAACGCGUUUGAACCAGACCGCUCCCUGCAUCGGGCAAGUCCCACCUCCCUGUCUCACUGUUAAUGCCAGAAAGAGCAACCCCAAAAUAUCGGACGCUUGGUGGACACUGUGGAAACCCAAGCCGUCCUCGCGCGUUCACAGUCAGAGCUGGAGGAGCUGUAGGCUUGGGGUCUGGGCAGCCGCGGGCUCCGGCGGGCCGCCCUCCCGUUGUGCCCCAAACUCCGUACACAUUCACAGAACUACAAGGUGUGGUGACUGAUUCGGCAGCAGUGCACAGGCUAAGCCUGGGCCAAACGCAUGAUGCCAGGAUUGGGAACAGGACUGCGAGAGCCAUGCUCGUCAUGGAACUUCCAGGCCAUUUGGCAGCGUGGUGGGCUGCUUGGCCGGAUGGACUGAUGGUCUUGGCGUUUCUCGGAAGUCACGGGGAAGAUGCAGAGAAUGCGGGCGCUCCCUGGGCCCAGCCCCAGCUUCGCGCUCAGCGGAACCAGCGUUCUCAGGUGGAGGUCCGUGCACCGAAGUGGGGACAUGCGAACCUCGGCUGUAGCCUGCGCGCCCGAGACGGACGGGCCCUGGUUGUGGGAGCAUCCCGAGGGGGCUCAGCUGUCUCAUCCCAGUGCCAUCGUCCCUGCCUUCGGGGAGGGGUUCUGCGGCCCCUUGGGAGGUGGGAGGGGCCGUCAGCACUGACUGUGUCCCUGGAGGUGCUCGGGGCACCCCGCUUUCCAAGACAGCCCCCCGCCUUUCUCUUGUAGCCCGCACUUGGAGCAGCAACCAGCAGGGGAAUCUGGCCCGAGCCUCGUGUGUGAGUGUGUGUGUGUGUGUGUGUAUUUAUUUGUACCCCAGAGUGUGCACGUGUGGGUGCUCUCUGAGUGGAUCCCCUUCAGUCUCGUUGCUACGAGGCCCUGUGCCCUGGACACAGUCCCGUCAUAGAUUCACUUCUCUGCCGAUCAGUCAUUGUUUCCAGCGUAUGGCUUAACUGUUCACACCAGCCGCAGUGACAGCGAGGGACGCGUCUGUCCCCGAGCGUGUGGGUAACACGUGGUGUAAUUCUGCUUCUUACAGAAGUUUUGCGGAAGGUGUGAGUUCCAAUAUUAUUUGGUUUAUUACUCGGAUCACUUUUAACAGCCACAGGCCCCUCCCUUCUGUGCCGACCGUCGCCAUCCCGACGCCUUGUCCCUCUCGGGCGGCUUCCAAAGCCCACGCCUGCCGCUUUUGCUCUCUCUGGGGCGGGGCCGGCUCUUGUUGGCAGCACAGGUUGUUGCUGGGGGCAGUGGCCUUGUAGCCUGCCAUCCAAAACCAAAGCAAAAAGGGGUCUCGGCCCACAACCUGGCCUGGCAGCUGCGUGGGUCCCCACCAACCGUGCACCGGGUUGUGUUCCACUGUGUUCCCUCUGUCGUGAACGGGAUGUUGAGUGACUGACAGUUACACUGUCCUUUCGUUCAUUUGACACAAUUAAAGCGCCCUCUGAGCGGUG